AUGGCGCGGCCGCCUGCUCGUCCGGUGGCCCCCGCUCGUGAGCCCGAUGGGGUCGUGGUGCCUUCACCGUCGAGCAUCGAGGCGUGGGAGUUGCCGGGGGCCGGUGAGCCCAGCAGUGGUAGUGGCGCGGGUGCAAAGCAGUGGGGCGUGCUCGCCUGGCUGGCAGCAGUGCAGCAGCUGCGCUCGCCGGCCAUGGCGCAGCCGCCUGCUCGUCUAGUGGCGAAGCAGCGCGCACGCGCGAGCCCGACGACGGCUCGACUGGAGCCGCGCCUCACUGUCUCAUCCCCGUCGGCGCCUUAUGGCCCCGGUGGCCCGCCCGAGCCCGAGUCGGACGCCGACGCGCAGCACGGGCAAAUCCGCACCGUAUAUAUCUGUGGGCCGCCUCCUUUCACCCGCAGGCCGCAUCGCAGCCCCGCACCGCACCGCCUUUCACCGUUCCGUUCCGUCCCAUCCCCGUUCCCGUGCAGCACUGAACACAACCCUGCCGUGCUCCCAACCCCGUGCCCGGCUAUGGCGGCGGCGACCGGCGCAGGCGCGGUGAGCGAGGGGAUGCGUCGGCUCACGCAGCUCUCGCUCGUCUCCAAGGUCUGCUCGGAGCUGGAGUCCCACCUCGGCGUCGCCGACCGCGUCCUCGCCGAGUUCGUCGUCGACCUCGGCCGCGCCUCCGCCUCCGCCGCGGCCUUCGCCGCCGCGCUCAGGGACCACGGCUCCGAGCUGCCGGACUACCUCGUCCGCUCCCUCCACGCUGUCAUCACCGCCAUCCCCGACACCGCCCCGGCCCCCGCUGUCCCCGCCUCCCGUGGUGCCCACGGUACAGGGGCGCGCGUGGACAGGGCGGCGGGGGAGGACGAGGACCACGAGCCGGAGCUGCACCAGGUGCGCCGGGGGAGGGUCACCCGCGUGGCCGACGCCGGGUGCUUCGUCCGCCUCGACGGCGGCCGCGAGGGCCUCGUGCACGUCUCCCAGAUGCCCGGCCGCCGCCGCGCUGGCGCCACCGUCACGCGCGGCCAGGAGGUGUUCGUCAGGGUCGCCUCGGUGGACGGCGCCAAGCUGGGGCUGUCGAUGCGAGACGUCGAUCAGGAUACCGGGAGGGAUCUCCUGCCGAUGCGUCGAAACCCUGGGGAGGAGGACGCGCCGAGGGCCAAUCCGCCAGCUGAUCGCGCUGGAGCCGCUGGGAGGAGGAAGGGGGUUUCUGGGAUUUUCGUUCCCGAUGAGGACGAGGGCGAGGCUGGUCCUGCGCUGCGCAGGCCAACUAGGCGGAUGACCUCGCCGGAGAGGUGGGAGGUGAAGCAGCUGAUUGCGUCGGGGGUGUUGGAUGUCAAGGACUACCCGGUGUUGGAUGAGGAUGAUCAGGGGAUGUUUUACCAGGAGGAAGAAGUGGAGGAGCUUGAGAUUGAACUCAAUGAGGAUGAGCCGGCAUUCUUGCGGGGAAAAGGGCGAUCCUCGGCUGACAUGUCUCCGGUGAGGAUUUCCAUGAAUCCUGAGGGGUCGAUGAGCCGUGCGGCGGCACUGCAGUCUGCGCUUAUUAAGGAGAGGCGUGAUAUUCGCACCCAGGAGCAAAGAGGAAUGGUUGAUGCAAUCCCCAAGGACCUUAACCGGUCAUGGGAGGAUCCCAUGUCAAGUGGUGGAAGGUAUCUGAUGCAGGAGCUGAUGGGCACUGGACUAUCAGCACAGAGUGUGCCGGAAUGGAAGAUGACAUAUGGGAAGGCUGGUACAUAUGGGCAGAAGUCGAGGCUUUCGAUUCAGGAGCAGAGACAAAGCCUUCCAAUAUUCAGGCUGAAAAAGGAGCUGAUCAAUGCUGUUAAUGACAACCAAGUUUUGGUGGUUAUCGGCGAGACUGGCUCAGGGAAAACAACCCAGGUUACGCAAUACCUUGCCGAGGCAGGAUAUACUACAAAGGGAAAGAUUGCGUGUACUCAACCUCGCAGGGUUGCUGCAGAGUCAAUUGCAAAGCGAGUAGCAGAGGAGGUUGGCUGUCGAGUGGGUGAGGAAGUUGGUUAUUCUAUACGCUUUGAUGACUGCACAGGACCUGAAACUGUCAUCAAGUACAUGACAGACGGCAUGCUCCUACGUGAGAUUUUGAUGGAUGGAGACCUGUCUUCUUAUUCAGUGGUCAUGCUUGAUGAGGCACAUGAGAGAACCAUCUACACAGACAUUCUCUUCAGUUUGCUAAAGCAGCUAAUUAAGCGGAGAAGUGACCUCAAGUUAAUAGUCACUUCAGCCACUCUUGAUGCAGAGAAGUUCUCUGGUUAUUUUUUUGAUUGCAAUAUUUUCACAAUUCCUGGAAGAACGUUUCCAGUUGAGAUACUACAUACAAAACAGCCAGAGAGUGACUACAUGGAUGCUGCACUGAUCACGGUAUUGCAGAUCCAUCUGACUGAACCCGAAGGAGAUAUCCUAUUGUUCCUGACUGGCCAGGAAGAGAUUGAUCAUGCUUGCGAACGUCUCCAUGAGAGGAUGAAGGCAUUCGGUGGGGACAUACCAGAGCUGAUAAUUUGCCCUGUGUACAGUGCUCUUCCUACCGAAGUUCAAUCAAAGAUAUUCGAACCGGCUCCUCCUGGUAAGAGGAAGGUGGUCGUGGCCACCAACAUAGCGGAAGCAUCUAUUACCAUAGAUGGCAUUUACUAUGUUGUUGACCCCGGCUUCGCAAAGCUAAAUGUUUAUAACCCAAAACUAGGGCUGGAUUCACUGGUUAUCACCCUGAUCUCUCAGGCGUCAGCUAAGCAAAGAGCAGGGCGUGCUGGGCGUACAGGUCCAGGUAAAUGUUACCGUCUAUACACUGAGAGUGCCUAUCGCAAUGAAAUGCCACCAACAACGACUCCAGAAAUUCAGAGGGCCAACUUGGGGUCGACGGUUCUUAAUAUGAGGGCAAUGGGAAUAAAUGACCUUUUGUCAUUUGACUUCAUGGAUCCUCCAGCAUCUCAAGCACUCAUAUCGGCUAUGGAACAACUGUACAGUCUUGGUGCCUUAGAUGAAGAGGGUCUUCUUACCAGGCUAGGGAGAAAGAUGGCCGAAUUUCCACAAGAACCACCUCUUUCUAAGAUGCUCCUUGCUAGUGUAGACCUUGGAUGCAGUGACGAAAUACUGACAAUCAUUGCAAUGAUUCAAACUGGGAACAUAUUCUAUCGACCAAGGGAGAAGCAAGCACAAGCAGAUCGGAAAAGAUCGAACUUUUUCCAGCUGGAAGGUGAUCAUCUCACCCUACUCACUGUGUAUGAGGCAUGGAAGGCAAAGGGGUUUUCAGGACCAUGGUGUGUUGAGAAUUUCAUUCAGGUAAACUCACUAAGGAGGGCACAGGACGUGAGGAAACAGCUUCUUGAGAUUAUGGACAAGUUCAAGCUUAAUGUCAUCUCUGCCGGGAACAAUUCCACCAAGAUAGGGAAAGCCCUUGCCGCUGGAUUCUUCUUCCACGCUGCAAGGAAGGACCCCAGUGGAGGGUACCGUACCCUCGCUGAUCAUCAGCAGGUUUAUAUCCACCCGAGCAGUGCUCUCUUUCACCAGCAGCCACAGUGGGUGAUCUACCAUGAAAUUGUUAUGACAACGAAAGAGUAUAUGAGGGAGGUCACGGCGGUGGAUCCAAGAUGGUUAGUAGAGUUGGCACCGAGGUUCUAUAGGUCGGCGGACCCAAUGAAGAUCACAAAAACUAUCAUAUUUGAGAAGAUACCUCUUAUGACUGGAUCUGUGAUGAUAUACAACAGGUUGAAAGAUGGACCAAUGAGAGGAAGAGGAUCAUACAUCAGCUUGGCUCAAGGAUUAAAAAGUGAGGAAAGAGAUCUGAAAAGUUUUGCCUUUCUAGCAAUUGGGCUGCGCUUAUUUUUGUCCAUCUAUCUUCUAGAGAUGGCUGUCCCACAAGUUGACAAGAAAAUGCUUGGUGAACUUGAAGCCAUGGGAUUCCCAACUGCUCGUUCAGUUAGGGCACUCCAUUUUUCAGGUAAUUCCAAUCUUGAAUCUGCUGUAAACUGGCUUCUGGAACAUGAAAGUGACCCAGACAUUGAUCAGCUACCAUUGGUUCCAAGAGAAAUAAGCAUUGAAUGUGGUGACACAUCAAAUGAAGUAAGAAAUGACGUUCAAGAAACGAGGGAUACUGUGGAGGAGCAGAAACCUGAAGAACAGACUGAAACUGGAAGACAGAAUGAGUCAUCCCAGUUGGAACGAGAACCAAAUGCAGAUGAACAGGAGGAACAAGAUAGAAAGAGGAUAUUAGCACUAUACAAGCAAAAACGAGACGAGGAAGGAAGAGCAAGAGGGCGAAUACGAAAUCAAUUACAAGAGGAUCAGAGGGAGAGGAUUCGAGCUGCUAAAGAUCUUAUGGAAGCAAAGCGAACUCUUGAGGAAAAUCAAAGGAAGCGGAUGAUGGAAACUCGGAUAGCAGAUCAAGAGGAGGAGAAAAGAGCAAGAGAGAGAAUACGACAGCGUAUAGCAGAUGAUAAGGCAGAAAGAAGGAGAAAGCUUGGUUUGCCGCAGGAAAAUCCUAGUGCUUCAGCUGCAGUCAUAACGCCCACAAAGGUAAAACAUGUCGAACGCGUCGUAACAUCAGAACAGCUGAGAAACUGCCUGCGAACUCUGAAGAAGAAUCACAAGGAGGACCCUGCUGCAGUCACAAGAGCGUACCAAAUAUUGCUCAAGAUCGUUGCCAACAUAGUAAAGAACCCAGAAGAGGAAAAGUUCAGGAGGAUCCGGCUCAGCAACCCUGUUUUCAAGGACAGGGUGGGCAGCCUGCAAGGUGGCGUCGAGUUCCUGGAGCUGUGCGGGUUCCAGAGGCUCAGCGCCAUGGGCUACCUGGUGAUGCCGAGGGACAAGGUCGACAUGGCGCUCCUCAACGCCGCCGGGGUCGAGAUCGCGUCGGCCAUGGAGAACCCCUACUUCGGGCUGCUCUCCAAGUGA